UUAGUACAGACGGAGACCACAGACCACAGACACAGACACCGGUGCUGCUUGUGCCUGCACAGUAAAAAUCGUAAAAAUUUAAAAAUAAAAAUUCAAAAUCCAGAGACAGAGAAGAGAAGAGACCCUGCCUGAAUGCCUGGUCCAAGCAGCCUAGCCAAGAAAUACACACAUGUCUACACUUCUUACGGAUUAUUAGCAGAAUAAUUUAAUCAUAAAAUGCUGGACGUCGUCAUCGUUGGGGCUGGAGCAUCUGGGGUGGCUGCAGGCACCAGGCUACUCCGGGGCGGAAUAACCAAUUUUGUGAUAUUAGAAGCAGAAAACCGGCUUGGAGGACGAGUUUACUCAACUGAAUUCGAUGGAUGUACUGUCGAUAUGGGUGCCCAGUGGGUGCACGGCGAGCAAAAUAAUGUCGUCUACCAGAUGGCAAGUGACCGCGUUUCGGUCGACGAGCAGAUGAGCAACUACGCAUCGGCAGAGGUGUUUUUGGAAACUGGCGAAAAGUUUGAUAUGGGUCUUGUUUUCCUAUUAUACUCGUGGAUCGGCGAAAUCGAAGCAACCAUGCCCCUGAAGCUCAAAGACUUCAAAGGCUCACUGGGUGAAUUUUACAAUCAAGAGUUGUUGAAAAGAAUCAAAGAACACCCAGAGCCUCUUGCUGAAAAUGAUGUCCGAGCUUUUAUGGAAUGGUUUGAGAAGUUUGAAAACUCGAUUGAUGCGGCAGACUCUUGGUUUGACACUUCAGGCAAGGGUCAUUUAGCCUACGUUGAUUGUCCAGGAGAGCUCCUCAACAAGUGGAAUUCUGGUGGCUACUCCUCGGCCAUCAAACUCUUGAUUGAGCAAACAAAGCAAGUUGAAGAAUUCAACAAAAAAGUGGUUCUGAAUUGCGAAGUGGAAAAGAUUGAUUAUUCCAAAGGUCAUGUACAAGUGUUGUGCAAAGGUGGGAAUGUUUACAAUGCCAAGAAAGUUAUCGUGACAGUCUCGCUGGGCGUUUUGAAAGAAAGGGCAUCUACCUUUUUUGCCCCGAAUCUGCCACUGUACAAAUUAAACGCAAUUAAGGGGCUAGCAAUUGGCAGCGUUAACAAAAUUUACAUGAGUUUUCCACAUCGUUGGUGGCCUGAUGAAGCCCCUGGUUUCUGCUUCUUUUGGAGCCAUUCUCAAGAUGAUCUUCCAAAGGAAAAGAAAUGGCACAGAGGCGUAUUUGGCUUCUUCCCUGUGUCCAGUGCCCCAAAUGUCUUGUGUGGCUGGAUGGUCGGCCCUCUGGCCAGGCAUGCAGAAUACUUGCCGGACAAUGAGGUGAAGAGUGGGUGCAUGGAGCUGCUUAGAAGAUUCCUUGGAAAGAAAUACGCAGUAGUUGAUUGCACUGAAUUCAAACGGACCCAGUGGUAUUCCAAUGCUCAUUUCAGAGGGAGCUAUUCCUUCCGGAGUAUGCAAACAGAGCAGCUGGAUACAGGUGCAAUUCACCUCGCAACUCCAGUUACUAAUUCAGAAGGAGCUGAUGUUUUGCUCUUUGCUGGAGAGGCAUCUCACCCAGACUAUUUUUCAACCGUACAUGGAGCCAUUGAAACAGGAUGGAGAGAAGCAGAUAGAAUUUUAAGAAUCCAAAGACAUUUGGACUUGGACUCUGCCCUUUUGAAGCAGUUUGAUGUGAUCAUUGUCGGUGCUGGUUUCGCUGGUUUAGGAGCAGCAAGGACUCUUCACAAAGCUGGAUUGAAGAAUUUUACUAUAUUAGAGGCUCAAAAUUAUGCUGGUGGCCGAGCACACACUGUUAGGUGGGGAGAUGGGUCGACCUUUGUUGAACAAGGUGCCCAGUGGAUUCAUGGGGAACACAGAAAUCCUCUUCACAAAAUAGCAAUGGACUAUGAUUUGCUAACUAGCGUCGUUUCAUUUGAAGGCUUAGGGCCUUAUAUCCUUGAAAACGGAGACAAAGUUGAUCCGGCGCUGGUUCGUGAAGUAGCUACUGAAGUGAAAAAAAUUCUUGAGAGGUGCGAGAGUUUUGCUGAUAAAGGAUGCCAGGAAUACCCACCGUCAGUCGGCCACUUUCUGCGCCAAAAGUUUUAUGCCUACAUUGAUAGAACGGCUGUCGAUGAAAACGACAGACAAAUCAAAGAGAAUUUGCUGGACUGGCACCUGCGAUUCCAAGUCAUUGACAAUUCCUGCCGCAUCCUUGACGAACUCUCUGCUAAGUCGUGGGGCGACUAUGACAACUGUCCUGGUAAGGACUGCAACAACCUUCAAAAUGGCUACUCCUCUCUGGUGGAUGCGAUUGUUUCGGAGCUGCCCAAGGACGCCUUGUAUUUGUCACACCCCAUUGACACCAUUGUAUACCAGACAAAUUUAUCCAAAAACAAUAUUACGGAAAGUCUUGCUGGUCAACGCGGAAGUAAGGAAAAAUGGAAUCCACCUGUGAUUGUGACCUGUGAAAAUGGAGCGAAAUUUGGCGCUCAGUUUGUGCUUGUCACAUGUUCCCUGGGUGUUUUGAAGAGCUGCCAUAACAACAUGUUCUUGCCAGCCCUUCCCAACAGCCUGAGUCAGACGAUUCAAAAUUUUGGUUUUGAAAACAUAACUAAAAUCUACUUGAAGUAUGAAGAAAGAUGGUGGCGUGAAGACGAGUACGGAUUCCAACUGGUGUGGUCUCGUGAUUCCUCAAUUCUUCCAGGGGAAGCAAUCUGGUGCAAAGAAAUGACUGGCUUUGACAUUAUGCCCAGCAAUUAUGGCAAUGUGUUGCUUGGUUGGGUGGGAUCUGAGAGUUCCAAGAUUAUCGAGAGUAUUUCCGAGGAUCAGAUUGCUGCUGAUUGCACCGAGGUGCUGAGGAAAUUCCUGAACAGAAACGUUCCUAUGCCCAAAGAAGUAUUCAGGACACAGUGGCACAGCAAUCCAUACGUUAGAGGUUCCUACAGCUUUUCCUCUGACAGGUGCGAUGAGUCUUGCUCCAAACCAAGUGACUUGCUCCAGCCUGUGAUUGCAAAUUGCGCAGAGCUCGAUUUGGAGAUCCCAAUCGUCAUGUUGGCUGGUGAAGCAGCACAUGAUAGCCAUUUCUCAACUACACAUGGUGCGUAUGAAACUGGAGAAACUCAGGCAACUAGAAUUUUGCAGGUUCUCAAGCAGCAGCAACCCCAAAUUGUGUCCAAAUAUUAAAUUGUACCCAUUUUUA